CUUGGUGAGAAAUCCUGUUUUGAUGAGAAGAACUAUGUGAUUUGCGUGCUCAUUCGUACCUAUAACCCGAUGGAGAUUGCACCUAAAUCCUUCUAGUAGUGUGCAUCAUUUGGCAUAUCAAGUAACUCAUUCCAAACCACCAACUUACGCACGAACAAUACCCGACGCUACAAGGAGGAACCCGAACAAUACACAUCCACAGUGUUUUGGGUCGUCUAGAUGUGAGGUUCAUUUUGGGUCAACGGCCAUGUUACGCCAUAUAUUGGCAUGCCAGUGGACCUCCGUCCAUAUAUAUAUAUAUCAGCCUAUCAGCAUUCAUUGAUACGAAAGUUUUGCACCGCAUGUUAUAGAGAAACAAUGAAUUUUGAUAUCACCACUUGGAUUUUCUAGGAACUAAUUGCUUGAUUGAUACUCCAGCACGCAGUAUAUUCCAGAUUGACAAGAUUCACCUUACAUAUACGUAGGACAGCCAGAUUUCAGUCUUUAUUUCCUUUCAUCUAGGAGACCACUCUUACCUUACCUAUAGCACGCAAUGCAACCACAACUGGCCGCUUACCACGCGCCCUAAAUGCCCAGCAAAAAUAAACUGGACGCCACGAUCGAGGUCCAUAGAACCUGGACACACUACGUGUACGUAGAGAGGGUCACCCUACCCAGCUUCUGCUCAUAUAAUCACGCGCGCGCGGCGGCCCUCAGCUCCUCUCCGGCACGACGCACUACAGAGCACAACACACGACCAAGCUAGGCAUUGGGCGCAAUGAGCGAGAUAUCGUCGUCGUCGGCGGCGGCGGCGGACGAGCGCGGGCUGGCGGGCGGGAAGCAGGGGCCGUCGACGGGGCCGGCGGCGUGGGAGACGUCCCCGGUGGAGGAGGUGCGGCUGACGGUGCCCGACGGCGACGACCCGACGCUGCCGGUGUGGACGUUCCGGAUGUGGGCCAUCGGGCUGCUGGCCUGCGCGCUCAUGAGCUUCCUCAACCAGUUCUUCUCCUACCGGACGGAGCCGCUGGUGGUGACCCAGAUCACGGUGCAGGUGGCGUCGCUGCCCGUGGGCCACUUCCUGGCCCGCGCGCUGCCCCGCCGCAGGUUCCGCGUCGGCGGCCGGGAGUGGAGCCUCAACCCGGGCCCCUUCAGCAUGAAGGAGCACGUGCUCAUCUCCAUCUUCGCCAACGCCGGCUUCGCCUUCGGCAACGGCAACGCCUACUCGGUGAUGAUCGUCGACAUCAUCCGCGCCUUCUACCGCCGCUCCAUCUCCUUCCUCGCCGCGUGGAUCCUCAUCAUCACCACCCAAGUGCUCGGGUACGGGUGGGCGGGGCUGAUGCGCAAGUACGUGGUGGAGCCGGCGCACAUGUGGUGGCCCAGCACGCUCGUCCAGGUCUCGCUCUUCAGGACACUGCACGAGAAGGAGGAAUUUACCGGGGGCUCAAAGCGGAUGUCCCGCUCCAAGUUCUUCCUGGUGGUGCUCAUCUGCAGCUUUGUGUGGGCCUUCGUGCCGGGCUACCUCUUCCAGUCGCUGACCUCCAUCUCGUGGGUGUGCUGGGUCUUCUCCAAGUCCGUCACGGCGCAGCAGCUCGGCUCGGGCAUGAAGGGCCUGGGUCUCGGAGCUUUCACGCUCGACUGGACCGCCGUCUCCUCCUUCCUCUUCAGCCCGCUCAUCUCGCCCUUCUUCGCCACCGUCAACGUCCUCGUCGGCUACGUCUUGUUCAUGUAUGUGGUGAUGCCCACGGCGUAUUGGGGGAUGAACCUCUACAACGCCAAGACGUUCCCCAUAUUCUCCUCUCACCUCUUCGCCUCCAAUGGGUCGCCCUAUAAGAUCGCCGACAUUGUGAACCAGCAGUUCCGGCUUGACACGGAGGCGUACUCCAAGCUCGGACGCAUAAACCUCAGCAUCUUUUUUGCAAUCUCUUAUGGCCUCAACUUUGCCACCAUCGCCGCAACCAUCACGCACGUCGGCCUCUUCUACGGCAAGGAGAUCUACCACCGAUUCCGAGCUUCGCAGCAGGAGGAGCCUGACAUCCACACAAAGCUAAUGAGGAAGUACGAGGACAUACCAGCGUGGUGGUUCUACUCUGUCACGGCAUUGUCGAUGAUAGUGUCCCUCAUCCUCUGCACCCUCCUCAAGGACCAGGUUCAGCUCCCAUGGUGGGGCUUCCUCUUUGCCUGUGCCAUGGCCUUCACCUUCACGCUACCCGUAAGCAUCAUUUCUGCAACCACUAACCAGACGCCUGGUCUGAAUGUCAUCACUGAAUACGUCAUGGGGCUAAUAAUGCCUGGAUACCCCAUCGCCAACGUCUGCUUCAAGGUGUACGGCUACAUCAGCAUGUCGCAGGCAAUCUCCUUCCUCGCAGACUUCAAGCUUGGACACUAUAUGAAGAUACCUCCCAAAUCAAUGUUCAUUGUUCAGUUUGUCGGUACAGUGGUGGCCGGGACUGUCAACCUCAUCGUCGGAUGGUGGCUACUUGGCUCGGUCGAGAACAUCUGCCAGGACCAACUGCUCCCACCAAACAGCCCAUGGACAUGCCCCAACGACCGUGUCUUCUUCGACGCAUCGGUCAUCUGGGGCCUUGUUGGCCCCAAUCGCAUCUUCGGGUCAAAUGGCAACUACAUAGCCCUCAACUGGUUCUUCCUAAUUGGCGCGGCAGGCCCUGUCAUCGUGUACAUCCUCCACAGGACAUUCCCCACUCACAAGUGGAUACUACUCAUCAACAUUCCGGUGCUCACCGGCGCUACGGCCUUAAUGCCGCCAGCGACGACCGUAAACUUCAACUCGUGGCUGCUCUACGGCAUCAUCUUCAACUUCUUUGUGUUCCGGUACCGCAAGAAGUGGUGGCAGAGGUACAACUACAUCCUCUCGGCCGGGCUCGACGCGGGCGCCGCCUUCAUGGGGGUGCUGCUCUACUUCACGCUCACCAUGGAGAACCGGACAAUCAACUGGUGGGGCACGGGCGGCGAGCACUGCCCUCUCGCCUCAUGCCCCACUGCCAAAGGGGUAGACCUUGGACCGGACAGUGUGUGCCCCGUGUUCUAAGCUGGAGUGAAUCUCUAUCAUGCCUGCCUCAAGGUAGAGCUGCAAGUUAGUAAUUAUCCACUACAGUUGUGUUAAUUAAUUAGUGUCAUAUCAUUACAUAUUUCUAUUGUACUCUCCAACAAAAGAGAGAUUCUGAGUGUGCACAGCUUCUCCAUAUGUGUGUAAAGGUCGUGCAAAAACUAUCGGCAGCAGUGGUGUGGUGAUCAGUCAUUUCGGCAAUGCCUGCUGUUAGUUCCUCCUGCAGCAGCGAGGAGUACAGAGUGUAUGUCAAUUUAUUAGUGCCAGC